AUGGAAAACUGGAGACUGGAGAACAUGCUGCCUUUGAAAUCCCAACAGCUUGAUGUCUUGCUUGCGAAGGCUCAAUGCCAGGUGGGAGUGUAUGAAUUCUACGAGAAGCAGGGUGAACCAGAUGUCACCAUCUCGAACACAGGCAGUUUGUAUGCCAGGAAGACCAUGAAAGGAAGCUUGAAGUUGGCGCCAUUUGGCUCCGUGCAAAUUUGUGACAUGUCCAAAAUGGCCAAAAAUGCUUGUGUGCUGCAAGUGCAAGGAAGGACGGAGACGUUUGUAGUGGCACCACCAAAAGCUGACUUCAAGAAAGGCAGUGGGUCCUUUGUGCCUUUUCAUCUUCUGAAACAUGCUGAUGAUGGCAACGAGUCUGCUGGAAACAUGGAAAAGGUGCAAGUGAAACAUGAAAAGAUGACAAUCCCUGUGUACAAGAACAAGCGGCAGAUUGACGAAGGAACAGAGUUGCUCUUGGAGCCUUUGCCAGUGACCAUACAGUUCGACAAUGGCAAGAAGCAAGCAAUCCCGAAAAGUCUGCUGGAAGAGUCCUUGGGCAAGACGUGGUUGAGGCUGAGGCCCACUUCGAGAGAAAUAUGCAAUUUACUUUGUGGUUCCAUGUGCAAGCUUGGCAAGAACCCUACUUUUGUUGGCAGUGAGAAAUUGAAAGAAUUGAAAGCCAAGAGACAAGCGGCUUUGAAAGCUCAUGGCCAUGGCGAAUUGGAAGCACAAGAGUCUAUGUUUGACGAAGAGAAGGAAGUGGAACAGCCAAAGAAAAAAAUGAGGCUGGACGCUGCAGCCAUCACAAUUGAUGUCCAUGGCACCGAGGUGCAUGUCUUGGCUGCAGCUAAGAGGGCCACUUUGAGUGAUUUGCAGAUCGAGUUGGAUCCAAACCAACUAUCUGCAGCGUUUUUGUUCUUGAAGCCUGACUGUACGAAAAUUUUCAAUGAGAUUCCAAAGUCAGAAGCUGCCAAUGUGGAGCACGAAGACUGA